AUGGAUUCUUUAGCUCGGGAUGAGGCAGCGCGUGGGACAAGCUACAGAUCUCCAUUUCAUCAUGGGGAUCUUGUUUUUGCCAAGAUGCGCGGGUUUCCCUACUGGCCAGCACGAAUCGACUGCGUUCGCCCGAAAGACUGCAAUAUUCGGGAACAAGGAAACAUUCCUGACUCAAUAGACUUCUGCUGGCCGAUCUUCUUCUUCGGUACUCAUCAGAUAAGCUGGAUCGCUGAAUCGAAGCUGAAGAUGUUCGAAGAAAAUAGGGACACUCUCGGAAAAAAUAAGCACAUCAAAGAAGCGAUGAAAGAAGCACUGACUAACACGGGUGUAAAGUUUCAAUUUGGUGAUGGUUCUGGAGAAGUCGUUCCCAAAAUGUGGACCCAUGGCGACAAAGCAAAGCGUUGGUUUCGGUACCAAUCCGACGAAACAUCGUUUGUUACCGAGUGGGACACGCACAACAGGGCGAAAAAAAGAAGACUCGACUCUCCAGAAACAUCAAGGCCUUCAAGCAGCUCAGGAUCAUCGGUCGAAGCUUCUGAAGAGUUGGAGUCCCCGCGUGAAUCACCCGAUUUGACCGAAGAGCAAUCUGGUACCAACGCAGAGCCCGUUGAGGUAGAGAAUGAGUCAGAAGACGAAGAAGACGUCAUUAUACAGCGAUACAGAGAGGCGACUCACAAAAUCGAAGAUCUUUCAGUCGGAGAUUUCGUUGGCUGUAUGUACGAGAGCGCGUAUUAUGGAACUGUGCUCUCUAAAAACGAAGAAGAGAAGACUGUUAACGUCCAUUUCUACACGAGAAGCAGCCAUCACAAAAUCUACAUUUCGAAGAAGAAAGAUACAGAUACUAUUACAGAAAAAAGACAAGGAUACAUUUUUUGUCACAUCCCCGCAGAAAAAGUACAACACGGCAAUACCCAAGUAAGGAAAACAAAAACGAUGUUUCUCCUCGACGGCGUCGUCCACGCGGAUAUCGACUUGACUGAAGCAAAAUGGCGGCUCUUCACUGCAGAGCUUAGAGAAGACGAAGAUGACAUUGAGACCUAUACAGAUGAGGUUGACCGUUUGACUGAUGAAAUUGAUACAUUGAACAGGUCCACGUACUGCGAAAGAUCAACAUUCAAUGUGCCAAUAGGAUCAGCGACGUCACCACUGAAGACGGUGGCCGUGUAG